UUGCUAAAUCGAAAUGUUGCGAUCGCGUUGCUAAAUCGGGCCAAGACAUUGUUGUUCGGAUCGCCUGAGCAUCACAAAGCUCUUGCGAAUCAGUACUCAGAGUUCAACCAGUGCUUUGAACGAAGCCUUGAGGCUUAUGAACGAGGCUCUGGAUUUGUAUGAGAAGGGACUGCACGCAGCGAGAACUCGGGAAUGCAUGCUCGAGCUUAAGGAAUUGAAAUCGAAGACUCUCCGAUUCAUCUCAGCAGUUCAUCUGCAGAUGGGUGAGUUUGAGAGUGUUAUUAAGUGUGUGAAGGUGUUGAGAGAAGGUGACAAUGAGGAUCGUCAUCCUAGCUUGCCUGUGCUUGCCUUGAAGGCGUGGUUGGGUUUGCGAAGGUUUGCUGAGGCAGAGAAAGAGCUGAGGGGAAUGGUGGUGAAUAAGGGGAUUCCGGAGAGCGUUUGGGUAUCUUCUGUGGAGGCUUACUUUCAGGCUGCGGGAACAGCUGGAGCAGAGACGGCAAAGGAAGUGUUCUUGGGACUUUUCAUCUCUAGAUCUCGCCGACAUCAAGAUCCAGAGCCCGUCGAUCGAUUUCAGCGAUGUUGAUUGGAAAUCCAAAUUUUCAGUACCGGGAAUAUGAAAUCAACGAUCAAUUUCAAUGCUUGGUGUUCCAUCUGAAGCAGUUUACAUCAGAUGUAAAGAUCAAGAGCAUAUCUGUUGUUGGUGGUGCUGAUGGAACAAGUCCUUCAAAGAUGAGAGCGUUCUUAAACCGAGAGGGCAUUGAUUUUUCAGAUGCUCAAAGUAUGCAAGCUGUUCAGGAAUGGGAAUUGGCUGAAAAUUCACAGGGAGUCUUAGAGUACCAAACAAGGUAUUCAAAAUUCCAAAGUGUGGGAAAUAUCACAUUACAUUUCCCUGAGAAUUUCGGUGGGGAUGCCUCUCAGAUUCACUACAUUGGCUUCAAAGGUGAAGCUACUCAGUUGAAGAGGGAUGUUGUUGCAACGAUUGUGUAUGAAAUUACACCAAAUCCUUCUGAUCACAAUGACCGAGGAGAUCAAUCAAGAAAUUGAUGAAUUUGAUGGUUUUAGCUUUCUUCCAAACUCUUCAUUUUCAAAAAUAAAGGGUAUUUUGCAAUUUCAGAUUUUCCUGCUCAUACAUACAUACUUAUACCUGACUUUAGAUGAGAAUAUAUAGCAGUAGCAAUUGGUGUAUUUGCAGUGACAUAACAACUUUGUAAAGAUUUGGUCUGUUGAAGAAGGAUAUGAUAUCAGAUAUAUUAUUAUUAGUUCCUUUCUUUUUGUUAUUUCCCUAUGGGACUUCCAUCCUCUUCUCAUUUCAUCUUUUAAGAUCAAGUUGGAUUCGUCUUAAUUAGUUUUGUGAGUUGUGUAGAGAUUCAGGAACGAAUUCCCAACAGUCUUGGUAGCCAAUUUUACAUUCUUAUUAAUUCUGACAAUUUGGACUCAAAUGCAGCUAUUCUGUUUACACCAGAGAAAAUACAUUGUUGUAGCAAUUUUAAAAUAA